GUGAUUUCCUUAUAACUUAGUGAUUUUGGCGACAGUUAUGCACCGACGUCUCCCUGCAGGCAGUGGCAUGGAGGGGAAAGUGUGCUCUGCUGUCUGAGUUCAGGUUUAUUGUGAAUUUGGAGGACAAUGGAACCCAGCACUAAACCUUUGUCCUACGAGCUCCUGGUGGAAAUUGGGAAAGGCUCCUACGGUAAAGUGUACAAAGCCAGAGAGAUGGGGGAGAAACAGCGCCUCCUGGCGGUGAAGAAAUUCAACACCCGCGUAGACACUUCAGAAACCGGAAUCCCUGCCUUCAUCAUCCGAGAGGUGGCGCUGCUGUGUAAAAUGAAAUACUUCAACCAUCCCAACAUAGUCAAGCUGUUGGACGCCUCUGCUGUAUCAGUGGGCAGGAACUUGGACCUCACUCUGGUGCUGGAAUACAUUGAUCAGGACCUGUCCACUUACCUUUCCAAGGUCCCUGUUUCUGGACUAAGCCAUGACUGUAUUAAGGAUGUGAUGUUGCAGCUGCUGCAAGGACUGGACUUUUUACACACAAACAUGGUGCUGCACCGUGACUUAAAACCAGAAAACAUCCUGAUCAGCAGCCAUGGAGAAGUCAAGAUUGCAGACUUUGGACUGGCACGACUCUAUACCUUUAAUAUCGCUCUCACUCCAGGUGUGGUGACGCUCUGGUACAGAGCGCCUGAGGUGCUGCUGAACUCUGUUUACAUGUCCUCCGUGGACAUGUGGAGCGCUGGCUGCAUCUUCGCUGAGCUCUUCCUCCUGAGACCUUUGUUUCAGGCGUACACGGAGGUGCAGCAGCUGCAAAAAAUCUUUGAGGUUAUUGGUUUGCCCAGCGAGGAGGACUGGCCCAAGGACAGCCCAGUCUCGUAUGCAGUCGACUGGGGACCAAAAGACUCCUCCACCAAGCUGCUUCCUGUCCUGGGCCCAGCCGAGAAUGACCUAUUAUCACAAUGUUUGGCAUUCAGACCAAGCAGUCGCAUCUCUGCUGCCAAAGCCCUGGCUCAUCCUUUCUUCAUGAAGCACUGAAGUUUUCAGUCUAAUGAGGAGUGGAAGGAAGAAAACUUCAGCUCCUUCCGUUAUCAUCGUUUCCCCCCACCUCACAAUCAGCUGUAUUUACUAGCUUUGUGCCAUAAAAUCCAACAUACAGUUGUUCACAGACUGUUCACCAGCAUCAUGAAAGACGUUUUGAAUGUUCUUACACUAAAUAAACAUGCUUUGCCAUGGCUUUUAUGGCACAAAAUCCUCUAGUAUACAGUUCAUACUAUAGAUGAGAGUGAAACAGCCUGGAUGGCAGCCAUUUGUAUGGCUGUACUUGUAGUUGAUAUGUAUGUAUUUGGUAAAAACACUGAGGCAUGUUUUGAAGAUUGGUGCCCUACAAUUUACAGAGUUGUAUUAAUCUCUAAAUUUGAAAUGCCUUUAUAAUAGCUGAGUAACAGUAAGUUGUUCCCUGAUUUAGCUAUUUGAUAAUACACUGUGUAUUUCCAAAAACAUAUAGUGUUACUUUGUUUUUGGUGAUUGGUACUAUUAAAAAGAGGAAUUUUUUUUUUCUGUAAACUACUGACAACAUUAUUAACUCUACUGACACUACUAUGAGCACCUUGAUGUUGAGGAGUUGGUUUAUGUUUUGUUUCACCCAGGUUCUUUUCUUCUUGUAUACAUUGGAGGAAAUGAAACCCUUUUUUUUCCUUUUAGGUAUUUAUGGUGUAUUCACUGGAAUAAUUAACUACACCUGUAUUUAUGUUGUACUCACCUGUAUUUAUGUUGUACUACUGCAUGAGUUAUGCUGUUCAUUCAAGAAGCAGUUUUAUAAAUAAUUGA